CGAACAGUCGGACUCGGACUGAAUUCGAAGUGCAGCGAGGCAACAGCCGAACAAGAAGCGACUUUGCAAGUCUUGGUGAUUGGUGAGUGAAAAGCGACGCCAUUACAAUUUUGUAGUCAUUGUUUCGGUUUUGCGGUGGUUGUCGACUCAAGUGGAAGUAGAAGUGUUGUGAUAUCUAAUUUCUUUAAUUCGCCAAUGUUAGUUCGUAAGGUAAGUAAGUUUUACUUACCUGACUUUUGAAGUUUUAAAUGGAUCCAGCUAAACUUAAAGUUGUAGAAUUGCGCGCGGAAUUAUCUGCAAGAGGACUUGACACGAAAGGAGUAAAAGCGGUUUUAGUUGAUCGGCUGAAGCAAGCCCUCAAAGAAGAAACCGGACAAGAGGUACCAGAUACCUCAAUCGUUGACACAUCUACAGAGGAUUUUGGAACAGUAGAGGAGAAAACAUCCCAAUCUGAACCAGAACAGACAUCUGAGACAGAACAGACAUCUGAAGCAGAACAAGAGAGAGUACCCACACCUGAUCAAGAGAGAGUACCCACACCAGAACCAGAGAGAGUACCCUCACCAGAACCAGAGAGAGUACCCUCACCAGAACCAGAGAGAGUACCCUCACCAGAACAAGAGAGAGUACCCACACCAGAACCAGAAAGGGAACCAACUCCUGAUCCUGAAAAAAAAGAGGAAGAGCAUUCAAAAUCAGAGGAACAAAUAUCAGAAGAGCCCACUUCUGCAGAAGUGGUAGAGGAAAAGAACGAGAAGGAAAACAUUACUGAAGAUACAAAGAUGGAGGAAGUUUCAGUAAAAAAAGAACCCGAAUAUGAAGAUUUCAAACAAAAUUUUGAAGAAAAGCCAAAUUUUGGUGACUAUCAGCAGGGCUAUGAUGAUGAGAAUAAAGAACAUUAUGAAGCUGAUGUCAAGAUGGAGCCGGGUACAGAGAUUAAAGAAGAAGACCAAGAACAGGAUAGAAAGAGAAAGCGUUCAAGAUGGAGCCCACAGCAACAGAAGCAAGGCUGGGGCCAGAGUACAGGCUGGACCAAGAAGGAUGAUGAGCCUGAGUUGGAUGACAAAGCUGUUGUUCUCGGCUGGUAUGACUCGGAUUUGAACUUGGUGAUAGAGAAGUCUGAUUUCUUGGAAGCUGCUCCCUUGAGUAGCCAAGGAUUUGGUUAUGUCUGGGCCGGCUGUAGAGCCACUUUUGGUUUUAACCAGGGCAAAGUGUGCUUUGAGGUCAAGCUACUGGAAAAUCUUGAUGUCAGCCAUCUGGAGGACGAGCCAAGUCCUCAUGUCUUGCGAGUCGGCUGGUCGGUCCUGUCUGCGUCCUUGAUGCUUGGUGAGGAACCAAUGUCCUUUGGCUAUGGUGGCACUGCGAAAGCUUCCACAAACUGUAAGUUCAACAACUAUGGAACAACAUUUGUUGUUGGCGACACAGUCACAGCGUAUUUGGAUUAUGGGAGCCGUGUGAAGAUAUCUUAUGCUGUGAAUGGCAAGUACCUGGGAGAGGCCUUUAAUAUCCCAUCAUCCCAGAUAAACGAGCAGCCUCUGUUUCCCCAUCUUCUCUCCAAAAACAUCAAGUUCCGGGUGAAUUUUGGCCAGACAGAGACAGAGUUUCCAAUAGAGGCAGGAUACACCUGGGCUGCCAAUGUGGCUGAGGAUCAGAGAGUUGCUGGCCCACGCCGCCCUGAGAGGAGAGAGGAUUGCGAGAUGCUGAUGAUGUGCGGCCUGCCUGGUUGUGGAAAAACCACCUGGGCCAAUGCCUUCGUCAAAGAGCAUCCGGAUAAGUACUAUAACAUCCUGGGCACCAACAGCCUCAUCGAGAAGAUGAAGAUACAAGGACUGGCGCGCAAACGCAACUACCAUGGUCGUUGGGACGUGCUCAUUGACAAGUGCACCAAGUGUCUCAACAAACUGCUGGAGAUGGCAGCAGGCCGUCGUCGCAACUACAUCCUCGAUCAGACGAAUGUAUACCCGAGCGCACAAAAACGCAAAAUGCGCAACUUUGGUGGCUUCGUUCGUCGAGCGAUCGUUAUAGUGCCCACUGACGAAGAAUUCCAGCGCAGAUGUGCCAAACGAGAGGCAGAAGAAGGAAAAGACAUUCCUGACUCAGCUGUACUGGAGAUGAAAGCCAACUUCCGGCUGCCAGAACAAGGAGAGUUCUUUGACGAGGUGAGAUACAUAGAGCUGAACGAAGAGGAGAGUCGACCACUAGUGGAGCAGUACAACAAGGAGGGUCGGGCUGCUGGCUUCGGGCAACAAGCUCCGUUUAGCAACCAGGGCAGUGGUGGAGGCAGCGGCGGCAAGCGGUUCCGGGGAGCACCUCCUCGAGGCGGUAGCGGUGGCGGUGGCUUCCGUGGUGGCAACCGUGGUGGAGGAGGUUUCGGAGGGGUCUUGGACCGGCGAGGAGACAGACCUGGAGGUGACAGAGGAGGUGGUGGUGGAUUCAGAAGUGGAGGCAUGGAUCGAGGAGGGAGAGGAGGUUGGCAGCCAAGAGGAGGAGGAGGAGACCGAGGUGGCAGAGGUGGUUGGAGAGACAGGAGUCCUGGUGGAGGAGGUGGUUAUGACAGAGAUAUGGAUAACAGGGGACCGGGAGGUGGGCCCUGGAGAAAUAACCGCAACAAUGAUCACCGUGACCGCCCAUAUGAUCGCAAUCAACGUGGGGGUCGAGGAGGACGAGGUGGUGGUGGCUUUGAUCGCAACAACUUCAGGGACAAUGAAGGUGGUUAUGGUGGUAGAGGGGGUGGUGGCUUCCGAGACAAUGACUAUAAUCGUGGUGGUAGUGGUAGUGGCGGCAGUGGCAGUGGCUAUGAUAGAGAUGACUACAACAAUCGUGGUGGUGGCGGCGGCGGCUACAAUCAGCGAGAUAGUGGCUACAAUAACAGAGAUGGAGGAUUUAGAGAUGGAGGUGGCCGUGGCAGAGGCGGUGGUGGAGGAGGUAGAGGCAGCUUUGAUCGUGAUCAAAGGGGAGGCGGCAGAGGUGGCUUUGAUAGGAACAGAGGUGGCUACAAUGACAGGCGAGGAGGUGGUGGAGGAAACAGAGACGGAGGCUAUGAUCGCAACAGAGGGGGACCGGACAGGGGACCUCGAGAUAACAAGGGCGGUAACUCUGGAAACCAAAACAACCAAGGAGGUGGAGGAGGAGGAGGGGGUCAAGGUUGGGGCAACCAGGGCUACAACUCUGGCUGGGGUCAAGGAGGAGGUGGCUACAAUAACCAGCAGCAACAGCAACCACAGGGCUACAACCAGGGCAGUGGCGGUGGCUACAAUCAGGGUGGUGGGGGUGGUGGUUUCAACCAGGGUGGGGGUGGAGGUGGCGGCUACAACCAGCAGGGCAACCAGCCACCUGCUACAGGCUGGGGUCAGCAGGCCUGGGCAAAUAAAGGUGGCUAUGGGACAGGUGCAAAUCAACAACAGCCUGCCCAAGCCCCCCCAACUGGUGCAACUCCAACAGCAACACCUGCAGCAACUGGUUACAACACUACUGGUGGUUACACACCACAGCAGACCGGUUACAACCAGGCACAGUACCCUCAGGGCUAUUGGGGCCAGUACGGCUACGGCCAGGGCUGGACUCAGAAUGCAGACGGGACCUACUCCUACCCGCAAGGCUGGCAACAAUACGGUUAUAACUACGGACAGGCUGGAGCCGCGGCAGCCAUGGCGACACCUGCAGCCGCAGUUGGCAACCCUGCAGCUGCCACGCAGCCAGCUGCCAAGUGAAUUAGUACCUGACACGUUCCAUUCUCUCAACAUUUUAACCUAUUAGCUUACUCUGUAGAUGUCUAGCCUUGCACACCAAGGCUGAACUGUUUGUUUAAGUUAUAAUUUUAAGUUUUGUACAAUGAGGAAAAUAUUGUAUUGUUUUUUAGUGAUUAAUGUGGCUGAAAUUAUUAAUAAUUACUGCAUUCUGUAAGUAACAGUUUUGAAAAAGAUCAACACAAUUUAUAGAGAUCCAUCAAGAUUGAUUUAAUUGGAGCAGUUAUGUAACUUACAUAAUUAACAAUUUUGACAUAAUAACAUAAUAAUUCAUAAUUUUGACUAAUGAACAUUUUAUCAGUGCUCCAAUUAAGUAAGUCUUGUUAGAUCUCUAUUAAUUGUAAUAAUAUGUAUUCUAUAGUGAGCAUUUCUUAUCUUGAACGACUAAAUAAAUCUCUAUAAAUUUU